CAGGGCUUUCCGACUGUCCUGACUCCCGUACAAAAGAUAUUCGAGCUUUUUAUGCAAUUCUUCUAACAAAAUCAAUGGUUUCUGGUGUCCAAUUACCGCAACUCCGUGUCAGGAAACAGAGUAAUUAAGAGAUAACACAGCCAUUAAAGGAUUUUUAUCAACGACUCAUUUGCGCGGCCAUCAAUGAAAGAAUUUUACUUUUAGGGUACAGUGAAUGCGACUCUUAGCGGAUAAGGCCUCCCUCGCAUAUCAUUUCAUCGGCCAUUAAUGGAAAGUGUACAUUCCCAAACGUGGAAGGUGUAGAUUUAAUCCGGACAGCUUAUACUGCAUUUGCAGGGUAAAAUCAGACAAAUCAGGAAAUAAUCUUUCGUAUAGCCCUGUAAAAGUGAUAAAACCUACCUAAAAUAGCAUCUUAUACAUUUCGUAUCUUAUCCUUUGGUUGUAUACGUAAGGCUGAAUUUGGGAGGUUUGAUAUCGUAACCAGAGCACGGCUCGCUGGUAAAGUUUUUGAGAUUUGAGAUGGGCAGGGAAAGAAUAGAACUGAAGAAAAUAGAAAAUGUAUCGGCGAGGCAUGUAACUUUCACGAAGCGUAGGAAGGGUUUGAUGAAAAAGGCUAAGCAGCUUUCCGUUCUGUGUGACGCGGAUGUGGGGCUUAUCACUUUUUCUGCUACGGGAAGGCUCUUCGAGUACUCCACUUCCAGCAUGAAGAUGAUCUUGACGAAGUAUUCUGAAAGCUUUACAGGAAUUUUAAAUAUUGAGCCUGAUAUUGAAGAUUUAGGAAGGAUAAAACAAGAAAUGGAAAACAACAACCGUACUUUGAGGCAUAUGGAUGGAGAGGACCUUCAAGAGCUGACCAAACAAGAGUUACAAGAGUUGGAACACAAGUUGGAAGUGGGGCUACAUAAAAUUCGAUCAACAAAGUGGAACCAAAUUGAGGAGUUGAAUGCUAGGCUUCACCUGGAGUUGAAACAUCGGCUCAAUUUGGAGAAUAACACUGCAGUGGAACCCUUGUUGAUUGAGCCUUUGGAAACUCGUGAUCAUUCUCAGUCAUCUGAAAGUACACAUAAUUCUUAUACUUCCACGAGCCAACAUAAAACGAGCAUUCCACACGACGAGGCCUCAGACAUUUCCUUGCAAUUGGGGUUGUCCAUUUGAUAUCUGGUUUGGUAUUAUCAACGCUUCUGACUCAAUCACAUCGCUUGUUGAUUAAAAUUUAAAAAUACUGAUGGAUUAAGGAUUUGACAUCGACUUUAAAACUGCAAUGUUAGUUCUGAUUUUAUCAUGUGAUAGACUUAGAUAUC